AUGCAUCGCCCGAACAACAAGCAUUCCGCACCAAUGAAGCGAGGUGGAUCGUCUCAAGGUCGGAAAGGCGAAAACAGAACUGAAAAGGCGAAAUCGGCAAGACGGCCGGCGUCAGUGGUUCAUAUUAAAAAAAAUAAGACUAAAUAUCACGAAAACAAAUUUAAACAACAAAGGAAGACUGGAGAAGGUUUCAAGGCUAAGCCAGACAAUCAUUCACAAACACCACACAAGCGUUCGUUUCGCACCAAUGACGUGGAUAUUCAUUUAGCCUCUAGGAUUUCUAAGUCUCUGAAGGACGACAUCGCACACUUCAAGGCAAAGAAUGCCGCUGUAGAUGAGUUUGGUGAUGACCUCAACGCCGUCUUCAAAUUUGUUCCACCAACCUUCAUCACCCAGCACAUGUCGCCGGAGGUGAGUUCCUUCCGAACAUAUCUUCCGAAGUUCAUGCGCGGUGCUCCGAACAACGUUGUGGCCUUUUUGCGUUGGUAUGAAUGGAGUAACUAUGAAUUGACUAAAGGAAAGCACUUCCCCUCCACGGCGUCUUCUGCCGCAAGAGUUCAUGGGAGGGGGACACAGGAAGAUGGAGAAGCAGAGACUGCGACCGAUGAAACGCCGGGUCAGAAUUUUGACCCUAAGGGAAAGUUAAGUGCCACAAAGCAGGCUAUGACGAAGACACUAAAGGAGCGUGAACAUAUGCGUGCGCUCUUGCAAAUGUGCCUCAGGCACAACGCCGCUCGCCGCAAAGAGGGUCAGCAUGCUUUUAUUAAACACCUCAGGAUGAAACUCCUCGAAGAUGCGGUGAGUUGCAAUACACUCGAUGAGCUUCGCGCUACCGCGAACCACUCCGUUCUCUACGCCCUGUCCCGGCUCUUGUUGGGAAUGGUUUCGGAGGACAUGGCCAAAAUUGUCUUGCACUGUCAUGCUCUUUACCUGGUCUUGACGCAGACACCUAUCACUCCGCCUGUCGUUCUAUCGCUCAUGGACGAAGAGUUUGCUAUGGUGGAUCGGAUGAAGGCGGUCCAGUUGCAUCUUACUGCUGCGAAGAACCGCAAUAGCGCUUCUGGAGCUAAUGACGGCGACGAUGACCAUGACUUGGAGAUCGAUCCUGACGCAAUCAACGACCCGACGAAAGGUGAACGCAAUCAGCGUCUUACGGCGGCUGUGUUUGUCUUGGCGGCUAUUGUGGCCGCAGGGGCCGGCAGCAUGAAGACUGAGUAUGCCCGCCGUCUGGUUUCCUUUCUUGCUUUUUGUUAUGUGGAGCAGAAGGGCUCUCGUGUGCUCUCGGGUAACUCACUUUUCAUGUACAUGGAUCGGAACACACGGAUCUACGAGGAUACCGAAGCUAUGACGUGGGUUGCAUUCGCCUUUUUUCACUAUCCUAGGGUAGAGUACCUCCGUCCAGAGGGGGUUCAGUUUUUGCUUCGUAUCAUGUCUAUGGAUCCGAAGCCGCCUUUGCACUGCUUCCCGCAGACGAUAGAGGAGUUCACCGCCAUGGACCCACUCGAGCCCAGUGUGCUGGAGCAACUGGUAAGUGCGCUGUUUCGCAAGGAACAGGUCACCGCAGUUCAUCCGAUGGUGCACCCGGUCUGGGAUGAUUUUUUCAAACAGAUUUUGCUCCGCAUUUCCCAAGGUGAGUCGAUGAAGGAGCACUUCAGCACAUUUGUGCAUACCGCAAUCGUGCCCUACCGACGUGGCAACGCCGAUAUUCCUCGGCGGGCUCUCUUUCAGGUGCUGGUGACGCAACUAGGCCAACUGGCGGUCAAGAACGAGGAUGCGGCGCAGCGGGUGGAGCUGCUCCACAUGGCGAGCAAGAAUGUGGGCUAUGGCAAGCGCACCACAGCCAAACCAACCCCUGUGGCAGAACUGAAGACCCUCACCGUUGCUGCUCUGGAUGCCAAGAUCAACGACCUCCUUAGACAAUAUCGAAUUACCAAAGAUAGCGACCCUGCUGCCCGGACGAACCGCACGUGGGUACUCCGUGAGCUGCGUAACAGCCUCAACGUUCCGCUCCGUAGUGGGGUGCGGUCCGAGUAUCCAGACAAGGCUGCUAAAGCGAUGCUUGAGAUGGGUUUCUUCCCACCCCGACAGUCGAAGGACUCAGCAAGCCAAAAUCGAUGCAUCUAUCUCUUCGCUGAAGCCUUUUCCUUCACCUCGAACCGCCCGCUAGCUCGACCGAAAUGCACUAUGGAUGGUUUAUCGGUGAUAAGUACCUACCUCACUGCGGAAGAAAGGGGUCAGUGCCGCUAUACAACCGCACUGCAGCAUUCCAGUUUUCGUAAGGCCCGCAACCGAAUUGUUGAGGCGUUGGAGAAACCCGCUGAACGAAGCGUUUUGUUCUACAAUAUCCGCGAUAUAGAGGUCCUGAUGGUUUUUCUCUUUCUAAUUUUGAGCGUCGACGAUGCCUCUAACCCUGCAGCUACUGGGAUCGCCACAAGUCUUGUGCCGGAUCUGGUACAAUUCUAUUACAAAGGCACAUUGGAGACCUUGGACAUAUUUUUUGAUAUCCUAAUGAGCCUUGCGUUGCGUGAGAGUUCUCCGCUACAUGUAAUGCCACUCAUGACAUGCGUUCGACGAAUCUCAAUGAGAUUUAUGCUUAAGUUUGCCCCCUUCAUUCGCACGAAGGUUACCACAGAUAUACUGGUGGCUGCCCUGCGUGAGGCCUAUCACACCGAUAGCCGAGAGCUGGCACGACAGCAGCGACAGAGGAAUGCUGAAGACGCUGAUGAACAAGAGGAUAUUCUUAGCGCUGAAGACAGCGAAGAUGACACCGACAACGACAACGACGCCGAAGAGAAUGUAUCGGACAGUAGUAGUAGUAGUGCCAGCAGCGAUGCCUCUGAGGCAACAAGCAAAGAAGACGACGCAGAUGCGAAAUCAGCCUCAACGGAGCUGAGUGACGGUGAUGACGAUACUGAGGUUGAAGAUGACGAUGGAGAGAGCUGCGAGUCUAUUCAAGAAGGAAGUAAUAGAGAUAGCAACGAAGACGAAGAAUCCUCCUCCACUGCCACGGAGCAGAGCAGCGACUAUGAUAGCAGUGACGACAGAUCCAUGAGCGCAGAUGAGGCUCCCACGCAACAGUUCGUGGACGCCCUGAAGGGUAUGAUUGGUAACGCUGAUCUUGACCACUUGUAUGCCACAGAUACCGCCAAGAAGGAUAAGAGCGAUGUUGCGUGGAUGCUGCACCUGGUGAGCCGUGUUGGAUCUUCGAUGCGGUCACCCCUUGUAGUCCACAUCUACCAGGUUCUUUUGGCGGUCUGUCGUGAAACGGUCAAGUCACCGGAUGACCUUAUCUUUAAUAAGGCCGUUUCUUCUCUAGAGGCGUUACUACUCUCCCAAAAUCGAUAUUUUGGGCACUUUCUCCCCGCGCAGGACCUCUUCCAGCUCCUCGGCGAUAUCCAGAGUUACUGCAGGAAGCUUGAGAGUAGCCUCAUACGUGGUAGUAAGGAGUUUGCCACUGCAAAGAGCGCUUCGAUCGUGCCGCGCCGGAUGAAGGUGCUAAAGGCACUAGCCCUGCGUGUGUUCCACUUUUUGAGCUUCCUGGCUUACAAAAACUAUGCCGACGAAGAGGUUCGCAUCACGCUUUCAGAGUACUACAAGUCCAUCUUUUGUGACCGUGGCUGGGAUAUGAAGCAAGUGCUACCGGGGCUUAAAAAGGACCUCUAUAGCUAUCGCCAUGGCUUUGUUUGGGCCCUCUUACCGGCCGUCUUUGAAAAGUUUGACGAAGUGGUUGCACUCAACGCUCCGCAGCGUGCACGUAUACUUACCGGCUGCUGUACUAUCAUCGAAUCGCUCCUUAGCCGCAUCACAGGGCUCCCUGGAGAGCUGAAAGAGAGUGCAAGUAUCGCCAUCUGCAAAUUUAUCCAGUCCAUCUCACUGUCGCAAGUUUACGAAAUGAAGUACACCCUACCUUAUACAUACCUGCACACCAUAAAGAUGAUCUUGAAGUAUAAUAGCCGUAUUCAUCUCGAUCCAAGCUGGGUGGCCACAAACGUCGUAAAGAAGGCGGUUGAGGAUGAGAGCCUUCAGUUCUCGAGCACAUCGCUGCGCGUUCUGUCGUCUAUUGAGCAUCUGCUCGGCCUCACGCCACGGGCACUCGAAACUGUCACCCCUACACCUGUCAAAGUUCUUUAUCAGCAGUUCAGUAAGACUGGUGCCGAUAAAAAGAAGGCGCGUUACUCCAGGAACAAGCGGGCACGCAUCAAGGUGAUGAAAGCACUUUUAGCCUUCCGCAACAAGGACAUGACCGAUGAGGAGCGCGCCCUCAAGCGACGCCGCCGCGAGGAGCGGAAGGUCGAGGCUCGUCUCGAGCGCCAACUCAUGCGCGAAAAUCGUAAUGUUUUGCUCACAAAGGAAGAGCGUGAAGAGAGGCGAAAACAAUUCAUGAUCGCUAAGCAGGAGCGUAUCAAGCGGAAUCGAGAACGUAGAAUGCGCAUACAUAAAGCACGCCAGGCGUCUUUUGAGAAGUGGCGUGAGGCGAAGUUGGCCGCCGCGGCUACUCGUGCUUCUAUGGAUCACGACUCAAAUGAGGAAUAA